GUGGCUUUACAGUAAAACGGUCCGACCUACGACUCGGAGCUGGCUGACCGGGUUCAUAUGACAUUAUGAAUAUAACUAGCUAACAUCAGUUAGUUUGUUGGCUUUAGGCUCAACAAACAACUAAUAUUUAUUAGCCUAGCAUUAAAGUAGCAGCAACUACAGGAUCACCACAGACUGUGGAUGGAGUCACCACCAAACGUUUCACUGAUUUGUAUAAUCACAGCGAGGGACCUCAGGGUUUGGGAUUCACACCGUCCUGCACAUCAUCAAAAAAAAAAUGGUCAAGUAUUUCUGUAGCAGCACCGACAUCAGGAGUACAUGGGACCAUGUUGUCUCUGCUUUCUGGCAGAGGUACCCAAACCCAUUCAGCACCCAUGUUCUCACGGAGGACGUCGUGUACCGGGAGGUAACAGCAGACCACCGGCUCCUCUCCAGGCGGCUUCUAAUGAAGACCAAUCGAUUGCCUCGCUGGGCGGAGCGGCUCUUCCCCUCCGGCAUGUCUCGCUCUGUGUACAUCAUCGAGGACUCCAUCGUGGACCCAGUGAACAAGAGCCUGACCACCUACACCUGGAACCUCAACCACACAACUCUCAUGUCUGUUGAGGAGCGUUGUGUUUUCCAAGGCUCAGUGGAGCAUCCAGCAACCACACAGCUGAAACGUGAGGCGUGGAUCUCGUCGAGCAUUUAUGGCUUCUCCAAACCCAUUCAGGAGUUUGGUUUGGCUCGCUUCAAGAGCAACCAGGUGAAGGCCAUGAAGGGGCUGGAAUACGCGCUGUCCAACCUGCAGGGUAUGUACACUUCAUGUGUGUUCCAGCUGAAACAGGGCAGAGAGCAGGAGGAAAAGCAGAGGAAAACAAAACAGCUUAUUUUUAACUGUUGCCAUUUCUGGAAGGGGGGGAAACUUAAACAGGAAAUGGAGCUUUCUUUUUGCCCCAGAAACACAGGACUGCUGUCAUAACAACCUGAAGGGGCUCACCCCUGCCACUCUGGACUCAACACUAAACUUCCCAGCAUCCUGAAAAUACAUAAUUGACAAAUAGCCUGAAGAACUCUUACUCCUCCACGUGCCAUGUGAUAAAAGGCGGGGGGAUGUGAAACCAUGACAGCUACAGUCACAAAUGGCUACAAUUUCCUAAUUUAGGUUUGGACAGAAAUAAUUUAGGUAGUCAGUGUUGCAUAAAGAGAGUUUAACAGAGUAAAUCAUAAUGAGGGAUGUAUGAAGAGAUGUAUUAAAGAAACAACAACACUUAGAGAUGAACCAUCUGCAGAUGAGUCACUUUUUCUAGUGUUGAUUUAUCCGUUUCUCAUAUUGGGUAGGAUUUAGUUUAAAAUGAUAGGACACCAGCUAAACCUGAAAAUAUUCACAUUUGAGUGAUUUUUUUUUUUUUUUAAAAGUACUGUAAGUCUGCGCACUACGAAUAACCUCAAAUAAUUUGUACAUUAAGUGUGGAAAGUCAAAUUUAACCUCAAAGAAUAAGAUAAUAUUUACAUUGUUCCAAACUGUGUGUUGUGCUGAUGCAGCGUACGUGUGUCUGAUUGUUGUGAUUCCGUCCUGUUGCCACUUUUGUUGAUGUCACUACAGGAAUCGGCAUCAGGCUGAGCGUCAUGGUAAGUGUGCUAGGACUGAGGCAUCCAUCUGCCAUCCCAGGCGUUGCCUGGGGGUUGUCACAUGUUGCUGCACAGAGUAGACAGCGUAGCUGAGGCAGUAACUUUCUACCCUGUCUGAGCAACAGUGAUCUAAAUAGUAGUUUAGAGUAUAGAAGUAGAUGUGUUGUUUAGUUGAUUCUGAUGCGAUUCUUAUUUUAAAACGAAUUAAAUACGGUUGUGAUGUUUUGAGUCAUCAUCAUCCACUGAAGGAAUUUCAUCAAAUUUGGCACAAACCUUCAUGUAGAGAAGAUCACACUCACUGGACUCUUUGUUAGGCAGGCCUGUUCAGAUGCUUGUUAAUGCAAAUAUCUAAUCAGCCAAUCACGUGGAAGCAGCUGGGUGCCAUUUAGGUAUUUAGACCCAGUCAAGAUAACCUGCUUAAAUUCAAGCUGUGCAUCAUUAUGAGGAGGAAUUUAAGUGACUUUACAUGUGCCGUGGUUGAGGGUGCCAGAUGGGCCGGUCUGAGUAUUUCAGUAUCUGCAGAGAUUUUCGCAACCAUUUCUACGUUUACAGAGAAUGAAAAGGAGCUUACACUUCUUCUACAUGUUUGGAAGAGAAGUUUAAGCUUGGGGCAGAGGGAAGGUUUUUCAGCCUUAUCUUAAGCAAGAGUCAAUGUGAGCAGAGCAUUUAUGAGAGCGUUUUUAAGCACUAUUGCUCAGUCUUUGUUUGUACACGCACAGCUUCAAAAUAACGGCCCAGAGGCCUUACCGAAAUGGCUACAGAGUGGCAAGACUCACUUUUAGAAGGAUUUCGGCAUAUGUUGUAUUCUGGUGGUAAACACAAUGAUGAAUUUGAUUUUCUUAGUCAAAAAGGUUUGACCUUACCUCGUUCAUUUGUUAGGGAAAUUGUCAGUGUAAAGGAGAAAUCUAUGGUUAUGUGUUAGUUUGCUAUUUAAGAGCACAUACAGAGAGAUGGACUGAUGAGGGUGUGUUCAGAGGUCGUCAGGUCCUGAGAUGUCUAAAUGUAAACAGCCGUAUUUGUUUCAUAACAUAAUGAAUGAAAAUCACCUGAAAUGCCACAGCACAGAAACAGACCGGAAGGUUAUUUCCCGCCCGUGUUUGUAUUCUGCAAGGACUCUUUAACGUUCAGGCAGUGUGGGUAAACCCAGACGACGGGAAUGCUGAAAUAUUUCUGACAUUUUGAUCACACACAGG